AGUGGGGUGGAUAGCAAGGGGUUAACAGGCUUUGGGUGUUGGAAUGGGAAGGGUUUGACAGGUAUUGGGUAGGAGUCAGCUAUUGGGUUCCUUGGGGCUGAAGACGGUUCCUCUGAAGAGCUGCAAGGGAUUCUGCAGUUGCCCGAGAAAGAGACAAUAGCAGUCGGAGAAGUCUGCUGUGAUUGUGAUGGGAAAUGGCUUCAAGGGGAAAAAUUGAGACCAGCAAGUUGAAACAGAACCUGGAAGAGCAGCUGGACAGGCUCAUGCAGCAACUGCAAGAUUUGGAAGAAUGCAGAGAUGAACUGGAUGCAGAUGAGUAUGAGGAGACCAAGAAGGAAACCCUGGAGCAACUGAGUGAAUUCAAUGACUCUCUCAAGAAGAUUAUGUCUGGAAAUAUGACUUUGGUAGAUGAACUCAGUGGGAUGCAGUUGGCUAUCCAAGCAGCCAUCAGUCAAGCCUUUAAAACCCCAGAAGUCAUUCGAAUGUUUGCCAAGAAACAGCCUGGGCAGUUGCGGACAAAACUGGCUGAGAUGGACAGAGAUCUGAUCGUGGGCAAGCUGGGGCGGGACCUUUACACCCAGCAGAAAGUGGAAAUCCUGGCUGCUCUCCGGAAGCUUGGAGAGAAGUUGUCUCCUGAUGAUGAGGCUUUCCUCUCGACCAACGCGGGAGCUACUCUGAGCCAAUUUGAAAGAGUCUCCAGUGACCUGGGCUCGGGAGACAAGGUCUUCGCUCUGGCAAGUCUGGAGGUGGAGAAAUCGAAGCACUGAUGUUCUGGAGGGCCGCUUCAGUUUCCCGUGGUUAUGUUAGAUUUCUCUCUUUUUUUUUGACACUACGUUGUAUUUGUGAAUUUCUUACAGACUUUUUGUAACGCUGUCCCUCUCGACAAGAAGCAGAAAGUUUCCCGAGUGCUCUUUGCGCAUUCAGCGGCUUGGCUUCGGAGGGUAAAACCUUCCAAGUGGUGCAUUUUAAACAAAGGCAAAAAAAAACACACAACAACCCUAACAAUGAUUAUCUUUUCAACGGAAGCGGCUUCUUUUUUUUUGUCCGUG